AUGAAAUUUCUUUUGAUUUUCGCUUUCGUACUCAGCACCGCUACAGCGGCCGCAAUUUUCGAGCAGGAGGCAGCAGAGCAAGCCAACGCUACCAUUAACGGACGCAUCGUGAAUGGUGCCGACGCCUGGGAAGGACUAUUCCCGUACCAAGCUGGUUUGACUUUGGAAAAAGAUGGCAAAUGGUUGUGGUGUGGUGGUGCUUUGAUUGGUUCAAAUUGGGUUUUAACUGCCGCGCAUUGCGUUAAAGGCGUACAAGCAGUCACUGUCUAUUUGGGUAGUGUGUCGCGUGGUAACGGUCAAUUUUCCACCACAGUGCAUUCGCAAGACAUUCACAUUCACCCGGAUUACGAUAGCUUAAACGAUAUCGCUUUGGUUUGGAUCCACUCCGUCUCCUACUCUGGCAACAUACAACCCAUUCGAUUGCCCUCCUUCAAUCAAUACAGUAACUACGAAGGCCAAUGGGCAACACUCUCCGGUUGGGGUCACACCUAUGAUGGUUCGGGUCUGAAUGGACAUCUCAAGUAUGCCACAGUGCCGAUCAUUUCGAAUGGAGAGUGUUCUGUUUUUAACAUCAAUGACGGCAUCAUUUGUACAUCGCCCGUUGAAGGUCGCGCCGCUUGCAAUGGUGAUUCCGGUGGUCCAUUGGCUGUGGACAACAAUCAAGUGUUAGUUGGUCUUGUUAGCUUUGGGGGUGGCUGUCAUUCGUCUCUGCCAAAUGCAUUCGCACGGGUUUCUUAUUACUUGGGCUGGAUUCGUGACGUCACUGGUAUUGCUUACCGUCUUGAAACAAUCAACAUGAAGUUCUUAGUUGUCUUAGCACUCGCUGUAGCAGUGGCCACAGCCACACCAGUCUACGAGAAGAUCGCCUUCAUCGAGGACUUGCCUGAGUCGCCCGUUUUGGAAGGACGCAUCACCAAUGGAGAUUACGCUUGGGAUGGCUUGGCACCCUAUCAGGCUGGUCUACUUUUGCAGAAGUCUCAGGGCAAUUAUUGGUGUGGUGGCUCAUUGAUUGGCCAAAAUUGGGUGUUGUCCGCCGCUCACUGUACUGAUGGCACCCACACCGUCACCGUCUACUUGGGCAGCGUUGUUCGUUCUAAUGGUGAUCAAUAUGCUACGACAGUCCACGCCCAGGAUAUUCAUCAGCACUCCAACUACAACUCCAAUACUCUGGAUAACGAUGUAGCUCUCAUCUGGAUUCACUCUGUCUCCUACUCUGGCAACAUUCAAGCCAUCAGACUGCCAUCUUUCAACUACUACAGCAACUAUGAAGGUCAAUGGGCUACCGCAUCUGGCUGGGGCGGCACUUCGGGCAACAACCAAGAUCAUUUGCAGUACGUGAGUGUUCGUGUGAUCUCCAACAGCGAAUGUGCUGGUGUCUAUGGCAGCAGUACUGUUACCGAUAACACCAUUUGUGUUGCUACUGAUGGCGGUCGCUCAACUUGCGGCGGUGACUCCGGUGGUCCUUUGGCUGUGGACAACAACCAAGUGUUGAUUGGUGUGACUUCUUUCGUUGCGGCUAGCGGUUGCACUGCUGGUCUGCCAGCUGGUUUCCAACGUGUCAGCCGUCACUUGGACUGGAUCCGUGGUGUCACUGGCAUUGCCUACUAUUAA